UCUUAACCAAGCCAAACCAUCGAGUCUUCCUUCUAUCCCCUCCUCCAACGCCUUUCACUCUCUGUUUCAGCCCCCCUAAGCUUCCCAUGAAGGUUAUGAGAGCUCCUCUCUUCAGAAGCGGUUCUGGUCCAGUUCAGAAGCUGGCCCUUUCCGGUUUUCCCAACUCUUCUUUGUCUAGUUACGCUUCGCUCCCCCGCAAUCACAUUCCCCGACGUUCUUCCUCGAUUUCCCUCAAUUUCCACUCCCCUGACCACAGGGAUACUCCUCCGAAGACGAUCAACAGAGCGUUGUCCGAAAGUGACGCGAUUCGAUCAGCUACUGAGAGUUUCGGCGUUUCCCGGAAGAUGAAACGAACCGGAACACGUUCUUUUCCGGCCACUGUGUCGGACGAAGAAUUUCUCUCCGGAAGCGAAUGGUACGACAUCGGAGGUAAGUCGAACUAUGCCGGAGUUCCGCCUCGCUUUGAAAUCUCGCUGGAGGAGUUCGAAUUCGGUGGUGGAGUCGGAAGCAGGCGUGAAAACGGGAUCGCGACGGUCACCGGCGGAAGCGAUAGUGAUAGGAUCAAAAUCGGUGAGUACUAUGAGGAAAUGCUCAAGUCAAACCAAACAGACGCACUUCUGCUGGGGAAUUACGGGAAAUUUCUAUACGAGGUGGAGAAAGACGCGGUGAGAGCAGAGGAAUAUUACGGGAGAGCAAUCCUUGCGAAUCCUGGAGAUGGCGAAUUGCUUUCUCUGUACGGCAAGCUCAUAUGGGAAACUGAGAGAGACGAAGGCAGAGCCAAAUCUUACUUUGAACACGCCGUCCACGCCUCCCCUAACGACUGCUCCAUUUUGGGGUCGUAUGCGCACUUCAUGUGGGAAGCAGAGGGAAAUGAAGAAGAAGAAGAAGACGGUGCAAACAGAAUCGCCACGGAGGUGACAGCUGCUUGUUAAUGACGUGAAUAUAAAACAGAAAAAAUUGAAAUGAAGUGAAUGGCGCUUUGUACAAUACUUGUAAGAGGCAUUCAAUGUGAAAAUGACCCAAGAGAAGAAUGAUUGAUGUAUGUAUCUAACAGGAAGCUCCAACAAUGGAUCUAGAGGGUGAGGGAGUGACAAUGAACCUGGACUGUCUUUUUCUGUUUAAUGUUUCUUUUUACAAGGUACGCUGUACUCUGUCUGCAGAUAACAUGUCGGUUAACCGCUAUCCCUUCAGAGCAAGCUCAAAGGGCAUAGAGUAGUAAAUUUUGUAGCGCACUGCUAAUUUUUGUUACAUCUAUAGACUAUAGUGGAUAUAUUAAACAUAUAAUAAUGUCUAAGAAGUUUUAAAGAGCUGUUCGUUGCUAUCAA